AUGUCGCGCCGAGGUAUGAUGCAGGGCACGACACAACUCACCCCGGGCGGGCGGCAGGCACAGCAGGUAUUCCUCUCCCCGGCAAACGGCGAUGGUGGCUCCUACUCUGCGAACAAGAGCAUCUACCAGCUGGACUUUGUGCUUCCAGACACAGAUGGAUUUGUCUCUGCUGAGUACGGCUUUCGCCUGCGUGGCAAGAUCAAGUGCAGCUACGGCACGGGUCCCGCUGGCGGCAACUCUUACGAGGACGUGUUUCUCUCCCCAAGCUGUGGUCUUCACGGAAUGAUCAAGAGCGUGGUCGUGACAACAGGGAGCAACCAGGUCCUCGAGCGGGUGCAGAACUACCCGCGACUGGCCACGCACCUUCUCAACGCAACGAGCAGCAGCAAUGCCAUCUGCAGCCAGCGCCAAGCUGAAGCGGGCAUGCUCGGUGUACUUGCGGACCCAACAAAGGUGACGGGCAAGCAGACCAAUGACAGCCUGAUCUAUGUGAAUGAGAUCAACAACCUGAACGAGCGACGCUUCUGCUUUCAACUGGAGACGGGCAUCAGCAAAGGGCAGCAAGACCUCGGUCUUCGAAUUCAUGGCGGCAUUCGCGUGCAGCUGGAGCUGAACAACAACGCGCUCUUCCUGUUUGCACCAAACGCCAGCACCGCCAUUACAGCUGAGCAGAGCAUCAGCAACGUCAACUUUGAGAUUUCCGAUGUCACCCUGGAGUACACGCUCGUGUACAUGGCACCACCCGCCAACAUGGAUCUGAGUGCACCGGGCAAUGCCGUGCCAUCUGCCGCCCUCAUGCGUGGCAUGGCACCGGAUGGUACUCAGGUUUACCAGUCCUUCUCAGACUCCAUGACCAGCAUCAACAACAGCUUCAACAGCACAAGCUUUGCGCCAGGCUUACCCGCAGUCAAUACGGUGCUCUUCAACUUCCUGAGCAUGGGCAGGACACAGGGUAAGACGGAUCCACAAUCACUGGACAACUUCAGCCUGGACCGCGGGCAGUUCAUGAUCAACGGCGAGCGUGUGUCCUACUUUGAUCAAAUCAGCCCGAUUCAGUUGAAGAUGGCUGGGUUUGAAGCACUUGGUCCGUGGGAGAUUGUUGCAGCGAGCACGACCAUCGAUCAGCGCGUUGGGAUCUUUGGUCUCCCGAUUGACACGUACACCUCGGGACCGAACAUGAACAGCACGAACCGCCCACAGAUUGACUUCUAUCUGAGCGACACCUCCACGUCCACGCCGGCUUACACGGGAGCCCCCAUUGCGACUGGAUCCUACAAGACUGCGUUCACAACACCUACCGAGCCUGCCAUCAUGCAUGUGUUCUUCCUUGGCACGCGUGCCGUCACACCUACAGCUGAUGGCUUUGUUCGUUCUGCAGUGCUCUGA